AGGACGGGAAAGGCAAAAGGAAAGAGACAGAGACAGUUUACCACAACCUCAAGCUUCUCAUUUGCAAGUGACAGUCAUCAAUAUACCUGCACUGUCAGAACUUCAAAACUUAUGCCAGAACCUUACAGAAAUAAGAUCCAGAUUGCCUUCUGGAAGCUAAUGUCAACAACCAGGGUUAGGGUGCACCAGAAGGGGCAGGACGGGUUCACAGCAAAGGGAAACUCGUGAGGGAGGUGGUGGGAGUCGGACAUCCUGUUGGCUGAGGACACAAAAGAUGUCUAAUCACAAAUGCUGCCCUGGAGUUUGUGUUUCUGUGUUUUCUCUAGUGCUGCCUUCCCAUCCUGUGCUAGAAGCCAGCCCUUCCAAACCUGUAGAGGGGCAUUCAGUGACCCUGACUUGCAAGAUCCACCUCCCUGCACAGAGGCAAUCUGUCCAAUUCUGCUUUUCCUGUAAUGACAACUUUCUUGGGUCAGGCUGCAGCAGCUCCCCAAAGCUUCAGAUCCCCGCUCUAUGGAGGAAAUGGCCAGAUUAUUACCAGUGCAUAGCAGUGACCACGAGUCUCACAACCAACAGGUGGAGCCUGCCAAUCAGGAUACCCGUGCAGAGAAUCCCUGUCUCUGACGUGAGCUUGAAGACCCGGCCCCCUGGGGGAAGGGUGAUGGAGGGGAACAGGCUGGUCCUCAUCUGCUCCGUUGCUAACGCCACUGGAAACAUAACAUACCUCUGGUACAGAGGGGCCCGGGGUUCAAACCUGGGAACAAAGACACAGCAUUCACUAACAGCAGAGUUCGAGAUUGCCGAAGUGAAGAGAAGUGACGCUCAGCAGUACUACUGUGCAGCCGACAACGGCUAUGGCCCUGUUCCCAGUGAGCUGGUGAGCAUUGACAUCAGAGUUCCAGUGUCUCGGCCCGUGCUCACGCUUGGGGGCGCCGGAGGCCGGGCUGUGCCGGGGGCCCUGGUGGAGCUCCGCUGCGAGGCCCCGGGGGGCUCCCCGCCCAUCUUCUACCGCUUCUUUCACGAGGCCGUCGCCCUGGGGAACGCUUCGGCCCCCUCCGGGGGAGGGGCGUCUCUCAACCUCUCGCUGCGCGCAGAGCACUCCGGGGCCUUCUCCUGCGAGGCCAGCAAUGGCGGGGGCGCGCAGCGCAGCGCCGCGGUGCCUCUCAACCUGACGGGUCUCGCCGCCGCCGAGAACCGCCGCCGUCUUCCCCCGUCAGGGGUCGCCGCGUGGCUGCUUGGCUGUCUUGGCCUCCUCACCGUGGCCCUAAUAGUAUGCUACUGGCUCAAGAGAAGAAUAGGAAGACAACUGGAUGGUCCAGUCGGGAGCCUGUGUAGGCCUGUGAGCCAAGAAUCCAGCUACCUCAACUCGCCUGACUCGGAGCAGCCACUGCCUGUGUAUGAGAAUGUGAGCGCUGUAAGCGGUAAUGAAGUUUACUCGCUGGUGUACUGUACGCAGCAGGAGCUGGACCCAGCAGCGGCUCAGCACAGGAGGACGCACAAGACAAGUGAGGUCUCCUCUGAGCGUUCUUCGAAGCCAAGGAACAUCAACAUUACAUAUGUGGACUAUGGAGACACUAUGUGAAGUUAUGUGACCAGCAAGGGGUCCCGGGAAUGCUCAGCACAGGGACAGCUGCCCACGCCUCCCCCACAUGGGUCCCUUCAGGGAACUGUUCUUCAUCUACUGAGGAGCUGGGCAGGCCCGGCAGAACCACCCGAAAAGCAGCUGGGGGAUGUGCUGGUGGCAUCUGGGUGGAGACCGUUCACGUUGGAGCAUGACAAGUGGCACAAGACUGUUAUUUACAAGAUGAAAAUUGUGUGAUGCUUGGAGCAGGGGGCAGUGAGACGGAGAGUGUACGAAGCCAAGCUCAGUGGCUUUACAGGUCUGUGGCGGAGACAGCUGUGCUGCUGCGCACAUACCCAGUUUCCGCCUGAGAUGCCUGGCUCAGCGUGCCUUCAGUCUCUGUAAUAGAAUCAAAACACAGGUGCAUAAAAAUCUGCUGUGGUUACACUUAAUUUUAGCAAUGUAUUUUGUAUGUAUAAGCUGGUCUAAAUCUUCUCAGGUUUAUAAUUUUAUAGGUUUGAAAGGCUUACCAAGUUCUAAGUUUUGAACUUGGUGCAAUAUUUAUGCUAAGCUUUAUGAAUAUAGGAACACAGUGUUUAUUCUUGAGUCGUCAGACUUCUGAAAACAUGCUCAUUUUGCUUGGGCUGUUUUAAUUUUAAAUCAAUUAUGUGUUCACAUUUAUAUAUUAAAACAAUUAGAGAUUAAGGAAAAACUAGUCUUUGCCUUCAUGUGCCACUGGAAAAACUUAGCCUGUAUUUCUCUAGGUGGUUUCCAUUUGUGUACAAUCACACACGCCUACAAAUACUGGAAGUCUAAAGCACAGCUAUCCAAGUAGCUGAAACCUCUCCAGGGCUGCAUCUACCUGUAUCUAUCACACUAUCAAAGAUGGGGGAAAAUUCUGUUGUGUAUUCAUAUCAGAAUAUAUGCAUCUUUACAUAGUAAAUCUGUAUAACCUAAAACUGAUUGUUUUAACCUUUUUCUUUUUUAAGACAGGACUUUGCUAUGUAGAACAAAUUUGCCUAGAGUUUGAGAUUCUCCUGCUUCAGUCCCCCAAGUUCUGGGUGUACAGGUGUGUGCCACUGUGCGCUACUCAUUUUAACAGUCUUAAGUAUAAGUCCAGGGGCACAAUCUACUCUCACAACACUGUAAUACUUUCAUCAAUGAUGGACCUUAAAGUUGUUCAAAUGUUCUCGUGAUGAAUGCAGUGUCGAUUACAAGUCCUAACGUUUAUGCCCUCCUGUGAGUUAUCUGAGGAAUGCGUUUGGAAAUCUGAGCUAACACAGUUACUAAAUGCUCUCCAGUGCGUCUCUGAAAAUCUGCACACCCUCCGGCAGUGUGAGAGAGGAUCAGUGUGUGAGGGAGAUGUAGCCAGUUUAUGUUUGUAGUUGGCUCAGUUGAUCGUCUGUGUGUAAACUCCAUUAUUAGCGCUGAUUACACUAGUUUCUUAUGUUUAAUAUUUGCCUUUUGCAUUUUUCUUCUUUUAUUUUUUUUCAAAGGUGCAAAACUUCUGUUUUUAAGGUUAAAAAACCAUUAAAGAGUC